CUGAGAAUUCCUUCCCUUUACCACGAAGAGCAUUCUCCCAGCGAGUGAUUGUAGAGACGACUAAAAUAUGACAGCACCACAGGCGUCAUCGCGUCUCGAGAUGCUACAGGACGAAUAUGAUACAGAACAACAUCCAAGCAGGAAGUUGAUUGAGAAACUGAUAAGAAAUGCAAAUCCGAUCACAACAGUUGGGUGGUCGCGGAGUUUCCAUGGACAAAACAUCAUGGGCGGCUCAGGAUUACGACUCCACGUUCAUUAAUUUGGACACUAUGGCCCGCUUCCAGCAGAAGCAGCUGCAGGAGAAAGAGCAGAAGUUGCUGCAGCUGUACGACCAGCAGCAGCAGAGAGCCUACCAAGUGGUGCAACGGGGUAGUGCGGGUUCCAACAGCUCCAAUCACAGCUCCACCACGAUUAAAACCUCGACGACAACGACCUCGACCUCGCAACGUGGUAAGGUGAGACAAAUGUUCGACGAGAGGCGGCAGACCACCGUGAAAGGAAUCGACAGGAGUUAUCCGCUUGAACCACUCGAAAACAAGCUGCGAAAGCAAACGAAUACGAACAACGUAGCGACACAAAGGAACGGUAAUCUGACAGUGAAUCGACAAUCCGUCAGUGUGAAACGCGUCGCGCGCGCAGACGUCAACAGCAAUGUUAAUAACGGCAAGCCUGUCGUCUCUUACCAAGAAGAGAUCACUCGCGAGUCAUUCGAGCCGCCCACGCAUCGUUACAAUGACGAAGACGAAUUCGGUCUUGAAAAUCGUGUUACCACUUUCGCUAACGGAUAUUAUCGUCCCGAUGCUGAUAAUGAGGAAGAGAUAGCGUUAGAUCAGGAGACGAUAGAGAGAAAUCGUAUGAUGGCGAAAAUUCAUCUAAUGGGAUUUGAUGAAACUUUAAAGCACCGCGUAAGGAACGAUUUGGAAAGCGAAGAGUUUCCGGAAUAUCUAAUGGUGGAUAUGUCCGAUAAACUUCCGAAGAAAAAUGCGACAAAGAAAUUGACACAAGCAGAAGCGCGACUCGAACGAUUCAAGAACGCGAACGCGAAGAGAAGCGACAUGCUGAAACAAUCGACUUCGAAUAAGCGAUCGAAACAAGCAGUUCCUAUAACAUCAAACAGACGGAGCGAGAUCACUGGAACUUCUUCAACGAGCGCAAAAAGCGGAAGUAGCCGAUCUUCAGAGCGCAAUCGAGCAAUUCUCGAAAACCUUCUGCUAGUUGCCAAAACUCGUGCAACUAAUGAAAUGAAUAAGGGACAAAGGAAAAGUUUGGAUAUCGAGACGUUCAACCAACGCGACAUUCUCCAAAAUCUUUUUAGAAAUGCUACAAAAACGCAAAGUAAUUGGAAGAUUUCUCCCAGGCGUAAUGAAUUUAAAUCAGUGACGUCUGAUGGACGAAUAUUUAUAAGACGUAGUCCGAGUCCACGAUUUUUUUGUAGAGAGACUGAAAGAUCCGGUACAACCAUGAGUAUUGAUCAAAAAUCUGACUCGUCAGAAUUAUUAUUUUAUCGAGACACAUUAACGAAACAAAACAGAAGUCCACACUUUUUCCUCAGUGAAUCUGAACAAUCUUAUAGAACAAAUAAAUCUGAAUCAUCAUAUGAUAGAGGAAUUUCAUCAACGCAAAUAAGUCCACAAUAUCUUCGUCGUGAAUCCAGACAAUCUAAAUCAACUUUGGGUACUGAUCAAAAUACUACUGAAUCAGAAUCAGACUGGAAGAGUGAAAUAUUAAUAAAACGAAAUACGAGUCCGCAAUAUUUCGAUAAAAAAAUUGAAACAAGUCUCGAUCGAAAAACUAAUUCAUCUAAAUUGGAUGAAGAGGAAACGUUAAACAAUCGAACCAACAAACCACAAUUCUUUUGUGAAGAAUCCGAGCGAUCUGCAACAACCAUUAGCUUGAGUAGAGAAAAUAGCGAAUCUAAACUAUUUGAAACUAUAUCCGGCAAACGCAUUAUUAGCCCGCAAUAUAUCUCUGAAAAAUCCAAACAAUCUACAACAAUGAUCAAACCAAGAUCAAACUCAACAGAUUCUACGAAAAACAUAUUAAAACAACGCAAUUAUGAUUCAGAUGAUUUUUACAAACAAUCCGUAAGAUCUUCUCCAUUAAUUAAUAAAAAAAUUAGUUACAUGCGAGAUAGGUACACUCCGAGUCGUUUGAAACGCGAAGUAAGAAAAGAUUUAAACAAAAACAACACUUCUCGGGGCGUUGCAGAAACUCGUAGAUCACCGAACAUAUCCGACAUCUCUGCAACAUCAGCCAGCUCAAUCGUAAACCUAAAAUAUGGCUUGGAAUUUGACAACAUUUUCCAAUCAGCAAAGCCCGUUCGUAAAUUUAUAAAAUCGCAGAAUGGUAAAAUCCGUCGAUUGCCUCUAAAACGCAAUAUCAACAUCAUAAAUAUUCCAAGUGUAAGAGAUAAUCUAUUGAAAAAUCGAUAUAAAGCUUUAUCGCCUUCCCGAGAAGCGACGAAAUCGCCAUCGAUUGAGAAUAGGAAAAAAACUACGUUCGAAGCCCCGCGGAAAAGUAUUACUCCAACAGAAGUUGACAUGGAAAUUCAAGAAAUCACUAUGACCGAUCAUCGUAUCGAAUACGACAAGGUGCGAAAGACACCGACUCCGAUAUCAAAGCGACAAAUUGAUGAAAUAUACACGAAGUCACCCGGCAAUAAAGUAAAAUCCAAAUUUUUUCUCACUUAUCCUGUUAAUAAAACGCGCAGGCAGCGAGCGUCAAUUUUAGAAUCAAAUGCCUUUAAGUCAAAAGCAAGUACUUUCGAAAAAAAUAAAAAAUCCAAAGAUCAGAAGGAUCAGGAAAAAGAGGAAAGUGCCAUCAGUUUAAGCAAACUUGAUUGCAGUUCUAAAAGCGAAAGUCCUCAACAUAUCGUAACUUAUGAUCCAACUCGAUUAUAUUCGUCGUCUGCGGAAAAAAACAAAAGUAAAAUACCUGAAACACGAGAACAAAGAUGGAACCAAACAAUAAAAAAUCAAUCCAAGGAACGUAAAAAUCGACAACAUGAGGAUACUCGAUAUCCAAAACAGAUGCGGAAUCAGUUUACGGAAAAUAAAGCUCGCAGCUUGAAAGCAGGAUCUUACGAUUCUCUUAAGAAAAGAACAGAUUCCGGUGAUACAGUUUCACCGAUUUUAAGCGACUCUAAAAACCGAAUCGAAGAAACGCGCACAAAAUUCCGUCAAUCGCAACGCUUGCGAUCCGCGCAGCUGAUACAGGAUGCUUUAAAAAACAAAAAUCCCGUGAUCGCAAAUGACAAAUAUGAUCGAGAAAAAUCAAGAAACGAAAAUAAAAAUGUAGCUGCAGAUGAGAUCGAUGCUGAGAUAGAUGUUAAUUAUCAAACAAUAGUCGAUAACGCUUCGAAUAGAGAAAUAAAGGAUCAUCGCAAAAUUACUCGCCCAAAUUCCAAUGAUGUGACCACAAAUAAAGAUGUCUCCUUUCGAGUUACAACACGAGAGCCGUCGACAAAAUCGAAUACUUCAAAGAAAAUGAGUUUUCCGACAAAAGUAUGUAGCAGACAGCGUUGUAUAAAGUCCAGUAUCGCACCGCGAAGCUCUUUAAGAAAAAUUGCAGAAAUUUCCCGUAGUGCUGAUAUCUCGAAAGUUUUAUUAUCUCGAAGAAUUGUAUCGAAAGCGAAUCAAAGUUCCACGUCUAAAUUUUUGACACAUACUUUAGAACAUCGCAAACGCAAGAAUGUGCCCAUUGCGACAAAGUUAACAGCAUUAUCUCCUAAUAAAAUUAAUGUACAAUAUAAAAUCGAAGAUUCAGAAGAUAGUGCAAGAAAAAUGUCGAAAUCGCUAACACGAGAAAAGAAUAAAUUCAAAAAAGAUUUUGAAAGUAUAAACUCCGUUGGAUCGAUAUUGAAACGAUUUGAUAACAAAGGUACAGAAUUCGAACAAUUAAUCCCGAUACGCGUAUCUCCAGAGAUUUCUUUAAAUAUAACAAAUAUGCAAACAAAAACUUACAAACCAAUCGCUUCAAAAGAAUCCACGGUAGUCCAUAAAGGAAUAGAUAAUAUGACUUUCAAAUCGCCUCUAAAAUUUCCAGUCAGUAAAGAUCUGAAAGUUAAAAAUGUCCCGCAUAAAAGUAAUAUAAAAAUUCUCGGAACAGAGAUGCGUUCUUCUAAGAGAUUAAUGAAAACCGGAAAUUUGACUGAAAAUCAACAGAGAUCAACUCGAUCAUCAGUAUGCAAACGAUUAUUUGAAUCUGAUUCGGAAAAAGAGAUCCAAAAAGAGCGGUCAAAUUUGAAUUAUGUAAAAGCACACAAUAACGGGUAUUAUGCCUGCUCAAAUCUUAAAUCUCGUAACAAUGAAACAGUUUCAAAGGUAAGCUCUUUCAAAAAUUUCGAUCACAAGAUUAACAAAAAAUCAAAAAAAUUUGAAGAAAUAUCAAUAUUUACCGUAAAACCACUACAAUCCAUCAAGGAUAUUCGCAAAUCGAUCGAUAACGAACAAAGUAAAUUUAUUAUUACAAAAAAGUCGAGGGCAGUAAUUGCAAACCGGCGUUCAACUUCACCAGAGAGUGUCGAUGUGAAGAGACUGAUCCCCGCAACUGAUGUAGUGAAAAACACAUUUUUUCUCAAAAGCGAUCCUGCAAGAAUGACUAAAGUUACGUCCUAUGUAUCCAGGAUCACGAAAAGCCCGAGUCCCGAUUCAGCUGCGAGAAAGCAGCUCAAAUCGAACACGAGAGGAAACGCUCCAGCGUCUCCCUCCAAGAGUUCUGAUAUUGCUCCUAAGCGCGCAUCUGCAAACCCAAAGAAUCAAGAUGCGAAACCUUCGAGAAAAUCAGCAAAAGAUGCAGAUUCGAUUGGAAAUAGGGCGACCACAGCUGAAGCGAUUGAUACAACUGAUGGUGUUGUUCUCCAGAACAAUACACGUGAAUCCACACCAAAAUCAUCUGACAUCUUUAAGCAGCAAACAGCUUCGAAUGUAUCAGAUCGGCCAAUCUCAUCAGUCUCAUCGAAUUCUAGUGCUAACUCAACUCAAGGCCAAAUUUCCAACACGAAAAAUAAAAUGACAACGAGAACUAAAACAUCCGCAGAUAAUUUGGUAGCCUGUAACAUAUGUGAACGUCGCUUUGCACGAGAUCGAAUCAGCUAUCAUGAACAAAUCUGCGUAAAAACAACAAAUAAAAAGAGGAAAAAAUUUGAUACCACAAUGUUUCGAGUGAAAGGAACUGAACUCGAACCUUUCGUCAAGAAAGGCCUGUCUAAAAAGCAAGAGACAACGAAGAAGCCAGAGGUGAAAUCGAAUUGGCGGCGCAAACACGAGGAUUUCAUCAACACGAUCCGUUCUGCCAAGGAAUAUCAAGCAGCGGUAGCGAAAGGAAUAAAUCCCGCCGACUUGCCGCCACCUCCACCCAGUGAUACCAGCGAUUACAUUCAGUGUCCACAUUGUGGUAGAAAGUUCAAUGAGGCCGCAGCAGAACGGCAUAUUUCCAAAUGCGAAAACAUGCUUCAUAAUAAACCGAUGCAUAUGCGAGCGAAAUUGAGACGUUAAAAAAAUGAUGGCAAUUGAUCUAAUUUUUCCAAUCCGAAAUCAAUUUUGUAUUUUCUAAUAAAUAGGUAUACACACUUUUCUCCUCCAGAAUUUACAUCCGUAACGUAUCAUCGAGACUUGCUGUAGAAAUUUUCGCUUGAUACAUGUUCAAACAUGUUUUAAGAUAGAUUGAAAAUAAAGUUAUUAUUUCUCAAUUUAUUUUCUAAAAUCUACAUUUAAAAAAAAUAAAUGUUAUGCGCUUCUAAGCUUAUAAUACUA